AUGAGUGCUUUACAAAUCGGUGGUGGAGGCAGUAGAGGACCUGAUUCGCAGCCCCAUCUGACCUUGCAAACAAACACUGGAGAGCAUAUCACGGUACCGUUAGACGUCCAUCAAGGCUCGCGCCAGGCUGACGAGAAGCGACAUCGCAAUGCAGGAGCCUCGGCCAGGUUUCGAGCCCGGAAGAAGGAGAGAGACAAGGAUUUAAGAGAAAAUAUGCAGCGGCUGGAGAACGAGAACCGGGAGUUGAGCAGGCAAAACCAUGAUUUGCAGGCCGAGCGCGACUACUACCGUAACGAACGAAACAGGCUGCGGGACGUGGUCCUACGAACCCCAAGCAUCAGAGAGCACGCAGAGCAAGGUCCCCCAAGCCCCCAGCCAGUGCGCACUGCCGCUUCUGGAGCUGCGGAAGGAUCAUUUGCGGGCUCUUUUGUUGCGGGCGGUAGUUCUGCUACGACGUCUCCGUCGAUGGCCCACCAGCAGCGUUCACCGCCAUACGCAGACGAGCCCCUCGAAAGACCGAGCAGGCGGCGCAGAACAGACCCGACUGCUGCCGACUUCUCACCCGCCCCUUAUGCCAUGCGUCCAGCACAACCCCCAGGAUCCUUACCUCCUAUCGUCACUCAAGGGUACACAGGACCGAUAUCAUCGGCCCCCCCAAGCGCCAGACUCCCCCCUCUUCGCUUUGACCAGCCCGCAUCCUCUCCGACGACUGUGCCGCCUCCAGGCCUUGAAUCGCAAACCACUCCACUGCCGCUUCACACACAGUACUAUGGGCGACCACCGCCACAUGAGAUGGGAUGGGCGACGGGGGCGCGAGAACCACAGGAUCCCUCCAGACGAUGA